AUGCGCGAGGUCAUCCGCCACAAGCCGGAAGACCCGUUCACCUUCCUGUCAGAGCAGAUCCUCGCGAAGAAGUCGACCUUGGCGGAAAAGCCCGCGGUGGUGCCGGCGAUCCCGCUGCGGCAGGCCCAGCAGGCGUCCGCUUCGCCGGCGCCCGUCGUCGGAGCCCCCGCGGUGAAGCAGGCGCCCCCGCAGCUCGGCGACACGCAGCAGACCGCGGAGGCGCCCCCGCAGCUUGGCGACACGCGGCAGGCGCUGUUUGCGCACAGGCCCUCCGUCGGCUCGUGGCUGGCGCCGGCCUCCCCCUGCCAGGCGAAGAAGCAGAUGCUGAAGCCGUGUGUCACGGCCCUUACGCCAUUCAGCGACUACUACUCAGCGAACAUGGUCUCGUACGAGAUGACGGACCCGAGGAAUUGA